GGCGUUCAGCCCGUGCCAGUCUGUGUACGCCUGUGGCUCCUUCUCCCGCACCGCAGGCCUCUACUCCUGCCAGGACGGCUCUCUGCUGGUUCUGCUGCCACCCAGGCACCACGGGGGCAUCACACACCUCGCCUUCUCCCCCGACGGACACUACCUGUACACUGGCGGGCGCAAGGACCCAGAGAUUCUGUGCUGGGAUCUGAGAGACCCGGGCAAGGUUCUGUUCUGGAAAGUAGCCCUCAUGGGGACUGCACCAACGGCAUCAGUGUCCACCCCUUCGUGCCGUUGCUGGUGUCAACCAGCAGGCAGUGCCAGUUCCUCGACCCGGGGGACAGUAGCGACGGAGACUCCUUCGACUCGUGUUCAGAGGGUGAUAUUGUGAUAUCACCAACCCCAGAGGUCAGACAGGACAACGCCCUGACUCUGUGUUGGGUCGGACCACUCAGCCCAGCCAGCGAGGGGGGGCAGGAGGAACGAGCACCAAUGGUGGUGAUUGAUUGAUUGAUUGAUGGAGUAGCCCAACUCAAACCCCUCUCCUCAGGACUGAACCAAAUGCAACUUCGAACUGCCACUGAGUGAAGGUUACUACAAUAUUGGGAGUACUUUUUCUGUUGAGUAUGCAAACCAGUGUGUUGAGUCCCUUGGAUUCAGCGAACAACAGUUUCCCCGGUCUCGAAGCCAAGCGAUUCAACAUGACGCUCAGUAGAGGAUUUACUGCGCACUGACUCUUACGGGUGGAUUUGCUGUCUGUCCAAGAAUUGGAUUGAAUAAGGAGCAUGUCUGACAUGGGGCCUCUACAGAGGAUGCUGAACCGGACCAGCCUCUCCACACAGAGGCUCCUCCACACACACAUCCUGGGUCUGGGAGAGUAUUUUCUCCCUCCGUCCACCUCUACAAGCACCAGCCAGGACCCAGGGCCAUCCUCUUUCUCCCCCCACACCGAGCAGCCAGAGGUGGGGGCCACACAGGGGGAGUCCCCCUGGGUGGCAGUAUUUCUGCAGAGGGCAGAGGAGGAUAAAGAGAAGUCACUGAAACAACAGGAAGAGUGUCUGCAGGUGUGCUUCAAGGAGGCCAUAUUGGCAAGUGAGAGGCUGGAGGCCGAACAGAGGCAGGGGGAGCGGGUAGAGCAGCAGGCCCAGUUUGCGGAGCGCUGUGUGGGGCUGCGGGAGGAGAUCGAGAGGGAGAUGAGGCUGGCGGUGGAGGAGACCUGCGGAAGGAUGAGGGCUGAGAUGCAGAGAGAGGUGGAAGAGGAGAGACAGAGAGAUGUAGAGGCCAUGGAGGCAAAAGUACAGGAGAAUGUGAAGAGGCUUGUUCGGGAAACAGAGGUGUGUGUGCGACAGCAGUGUGAAAGAGAGGCACAGAAGGACCUACAGAUUCUCCAGGACAGACAUACUGUGGAACUCGCUCUAAUGCAAAGCCGGUACAGGCAGCUGGAGCAGGGUCUGGCCAGAGUCACAGGGGAGAGGAUGAGAUAUGAGACAGAGUUUAAGAGGUUACAGUGUAGUUACAGACAGUUUGUGGAUCUGACCGAGUCCUCCCUCCACUCUGACUACCUGCUGAAGCUCCGUCGCCUGGGCAGAGAACCUGGCUAUACAGACGUGGCGGUCCAGACGGAUGAUGUCAUCAACACACAACACUUUACCUGAUGAUGCACAGACAUCUACUUGCUACCUACAGCUAUAAUAUUGCUGUUGCCUGUGUGCACAGAUCUAGGAUCAGAUUAUUAUUCCCCAUCCUGAUAUUAACUAUUAUGUGGAAGAAUUCAACACUAACAUUAGAUCAAUGUUUAGGAGCAACUUCAUCCAACUCCUUACCAGUUGAACUCACAGAUGCCUCUCUGGUCUGUCAUCAUCAGGAAUGUGUCCAUAUAGGGUAUGAAAGUCAAAUGUAUUCGGCAAUAAACUGAUACCUUUUUAAUAUGUUGUCUUAUCUUAUAAUUUUAGUUUAAUCUGCUCAGAGAAUGUAUACAAGCUUAUUUCAGAACCAAGAAAUUAGCAUACAUUUUGUUAGAUCAUGUUCAUAUCGUCAUCCAGGCUGUAUCACAACCGGACGUGAUUGG